AUGAAGAAGGCUGUCACUGAUUUUGUAGCCAGUUGCUUAGUUUGUCAACAACACAAGUAUUUGGCAUCUUCUCCCCAAGGCUUGUUACAGCCUUUGCCAAUACCGCAAGCCAUCUGGGAAGAAGUCAGCAUGGACUUCAUAGUUAGGCUGCCAAAAUCACAAGGACAUGAUGCAAUUUUGGUAGUGGUCGACCGCUUGAGUAAGUAUGGUCAUUUUGUUCCUUUAAAGCAUCCCUAUACUGCCAAAACCAUAGCAGAGAUUUUUGUUAAAGAAGUGGUCAAAUUGCAUGGAGUGCCAGUGUCAGUGGGGGCGGCUAAAUGUAGUCCAUUUGAGAUUGUUUACGGAAGGCCACCUCCUGCACUCACUCGGUUCAUACCUGGAGAAACUGCAGUAGAAGCUGUGGCUCAAGAGCUCCAAACAAGAGAUGAGGCACUCACGCAACUCAGAUUUCAUUUAACAAGAGCACAGGAUAUGAUGACCAAAUAUGCUAACAGGAAGAGGAAACCAGCCGAAGUUAAGGUCGAUGACUGGGUCUACCUAAAAAUUAGGCCUCAUAAGCAGACUUCCAUGCCUACCCGGCUGCAUCCCAAAUUAUCAGCACGCUACUUUGGACCUUUUAAAGUCCUACAACAGAUUGGAAAGGUUGCUUUUAAACUGCAGUUACCUGACACAUCAAGAAUACAUCCUGUAUUCCAUGUGUCUCAAUUGAAGAUCGCAGUGGGUACCAAACAAGUUGAGAAAGAUCUGCCCGAUGAAUUGCAAGCAGCCGGUCCAAUGUUUUGGCCACUCAAGAUUCUGGACAGAAGGCAGCAACAAAGGAAUAAGGAGCUAAUACCGCAGAUCCUGGUGGAAUGGCAGGAAGGAGGUAAGGAGGGAGCAACAUGGGAGGACGUGCUCACUAUCCAGGAACAGUUUCCAGACUUCAACCUUGGGGACAAGGUUGAACAUCAGGCUGUGGGUAAUGAUAGGGUAUGGAGAGUUUAUGAAAGGAAGAAGAAAGGGAAUAAAGAGGGAAAGAGGUGUUAG